AUGGCGGUGGCUUGUGUGUCCCAGGGCUUCUCCUUUCCCUUUGCUGUGCCACACAAUGGGCCAGCUGGCAAAGACUCAUCCUCUUACCCUGGACCUACAUCCAACUUUGCCAGCUUGGAUGAUAUUCAGUACAUUGAAGAAGGCAACAUCAACAUGUUUCUACUUCCAGGGAACCCCUGGACUGUCUCCAGUGCUGCCCAUGGUGGCCACUACCCAAACUUGCUUUGGGAGGGUAGUCCUGAAGAGUUUCAAGAGCAGCAAAAGGAGCAAGAUCUGUGUGAGUACCGUGGUUGUAAAAAGAAUGCUGGAGACGACUGCAGCGAUGGUUUACAAUGUGAAUGCAAAGAUGACCUGGAAAGACCUAACCUACAGGUCCCUUUCUGUCUGGCUUUGGCUUCCAACUGUCCCGACAACUGCAAUGAAAAGAACCACAAGCAAUGCUUACAGAAGGACGAUGGAGGGGUCCCUGAGUGUGUGUGCCUGCCAGGCUACCAGGACAAAGAGGGGACCUGUGAAAUGUGUCCAUUCGGCUACAGUGGAGUUGACUGUAAAGAUCAAUUUCAGCUGAUCCUCACCAUCGUGGGCUCCGUUGCUGGCAUCCUCAUUCUCAGCAUGGUGAUUGCGCUGGUUGUCUUAUCAAGAUCGAGGAACAAACCGAAGAAUAUUGAAGAACAGAACUUGAUUGAGGACAGCUUUUCAAGUCUGAAGCUGCAGGAGACAGGCUUCACCAACUCUGGAGCAGAUGGGCACAUCUUCCCUAAAAUCAAGAUAGCACCCUCCAGAGAUCAGCCCCAAAAUCCCUAUGUAAACCAGAGAGGUAUGCUCCCCCUUGCCCUUUGGUCGAACCCUUGUGAGCAGCACUGA